AUGGCCGAGCCAUCCGAUGAUAUCAAAGCAUGGGCCUCUAUGGAGAGCCUUUACGACAAAGCAAUUCAUUCACCAUCUGAGAUAACUCAAAAAGAGAAACAUGCUAUAAUGGAAUGGCCCUCCUUGGAACAAAUGGAGGAGACAAGCCAAAAAUACGUUGGCGAGUCUUUGCAAGAUCUCAUUCACACAGCGGCCAAUGAUCCUCUCGCUCUAACGUAUCCGGAAUGCUGCUUGAUUAAAGAUGAGUUUCAUAUAUUUGGGGCUCUUGAUGCUGUUAAAUACAGUAAUGACCGAAGGAAACGCAUGAUCGAGCGUCAGGACUUAUGGAACAAGUGGCAGCAGGCGCGGGCUGCUGUUUUAUCACCGGAUGAACUCAAGGCCCUUAAAAACAUCAGACAACCUGACGUCUAUCUUGCGAAGCUUGAAGCUCACGCAGAGCCUCUUUGUGAAGCUGCAGAGAGAUCCAGGACUCAUCCGCCGGAUUGGGUGCAGAGAAUCCUCAACCGUGAGGGCAAAGCCUGGGGGUAUGUGAUCUACCGUCCAUCAAUCAUUCAAGAGGAAGAAGGUACCAAGGAAGCAUGGAAGGCGUGUUGGGACUACUUUGAUAAACUUUCGAGUGAUCACCCGUUCAUGGUUAUUGGCGGCGAAGAAAUCCAAGAUUCCAAGAUCAUUGAUUUCGUCGAUUAUGAACCUGAAAUGGGCGGAGUGGAUCAGCUUCGAAAGGACUUUCUCGACCGUCGAGGUAAAGGCAGGCUAAAACCAGGCGUUCUUGCGAAUGUAUUUAUCACUAUGCCCACGGAAUGUCGGGAUACCUAUCUGCGAGAAGAUAGAUAUGCUUGGGCUUGGGCUAUUGAUCCUGACUGGUCAUUACUGGGUCCAGAUGCUGAUGGCUAUGACGGGCGUGUUAAGGUUAUGUGGGCUCAACUGUUCAACAAAUUUUAUGACCUGAUGUCGACUAAAAAGGUCACCCUGAAGGAAAUCUGGGAGGAGUUCCAUGAGGUCAACGAGAAACUCUCUGACCGGCCAUUGCCUGGCUGGGGCUUCUCAAAAUUACCCAAAGUGGUUUGGCCGGAUAAUUGA